UACAAAUUAUUGGGUACUUAGUAGUUUAUAUUAAAUAGUAUUAUAAAUUAUUAUGCUAUAUAAAUUAAACUUAGAUGAACGUAAUGAAAGAUCAAGGUCGAGGUCACCUAUCAUAGGUAUGGAAAACAAUGAGGAAGGGGCUCAAGCGUCUAGAAGAAUCCUGGGGCUCAGAGGGCGCAUGAUGUACGCCGAUCCACUUGGGUAUACUUAUGUACAAAACAAUGAAUCAACAAAUUGGCGGCAACUUCGAUGUUCACGGUAUGAACAAGGUUGUAGGUCGACAGCAUCAAUGCCUUUAUAUCUAAUAAACGCGCCAAAUGUUAUGUAUUCUGGACAUGGCCAUCAUUAUGGACACAACAUUGAAAUUUGUGCACUCAAUGAAGCGGUGAGACAGCGAGCUUGAGUGGAGGGAACAUCAGCUAGAACC